AUGGGCAUGAAAAAAGACAAAAACAAAGGAUUGCACAUUUGAACCCAAUCCCUCCAACACUGCACUGCCUAUAAAUAGAGGACAAAAAUACACACACAUAUGGUUUUUCCAUGCAACAGCUACUUCCUCUCUCUCUCUCUCUCACACACACACACAUAUAUAUAUAUACACACACACACACACAGAGAGAAUGGUAUCUAAGGUGGAAGCAGCGAUGAAGGAGAGACAGCAAGAAGUAAUGAAAGGGAGAGAGAGUUAUCAGCAGCAGCUCCAGAAGCAGAUAGCACAUUGCAACAAAGGCAAAAGCACCAAAUUCAAGAGAAGCACUUCCAAUCUUGAAGAAGAUGGAGUUUCUGCUGCUAUUCUUUUGCUGGCUUGCAUCGCCUGCACCCCACCUUCUCCCUAAUUCAUCUCUUAAUUAUCAACAUUAAUCCCCCUUUUAUUUGGUUAAUUCAUUUUCUCUAGCUAGCUAUUAAUGGGUAUUAAUUUAGUUUAGUAGGAUCUUAUUAGCCAUUUUUUUCUUGUAUAAUUUGUUCAGUCUGUUCAAUUUCCUGCAAGUUUAAUAAGCGCCUUGUUUUGUUGUGAAAUAUAAGCUGAUUUUGGUUUAAUUUUCUCUUUAUUUUGU